GCGCCCGUGCCUCUCCCUGUUCCUGUUUGUUUCUGCGGGUGCUAAUUCAACUUAUCAUCAGAUAACACUCGAAGGAUCUCUCUCUUCCUGCGCUCUCGUGAUUCGAGGAUUACUGUGACUCCAACCGACGGACGGUGUCAAUGGGAGACCGGCGUGGAGGAUGCUGUCCGCCGAUGGAUCUGCUCCGGUCGGAGCCUAUGCAAUUGGUACAACUUAUCAUCCCUAUCGAGUCCGCUCACCUCACCGUCUCUUAUCUCGGCGACCUCGGCCUCCUCCAAUUCAAAGACCUUAAUGCAGAGAGGAGUCCAUUUCAGCGAACUUAUGCUACUCAGAUUAAAAAAUGCGGGGAAAUGCAACGCAAACUGCAUUUCUUCAAGGAGCAAAUGUUGAAAGCAGGUUUUUCUCCUUCGAUGAAGCCUGUGAUUCAAAAUGAGAUCGAUGUGGACAACUUAGAGAUAAAACUUGGAGAACUUGAAGCAGAGCUAACUGAAAUGAACGCAAAUGGUGAGAAGUUGCAGCGGAGUUAUAAUGAGUUAGUUGAAUAUAAGCUUAUUUUGCAGAAGGCUGGUGAGUUUUUUGCUUCAGCUCAACACAGUGCCACAGCUCAGCAGAGAGAAAUGGAAUCAUACCAAUUGGGUGAAGAAUCCAUUGAAACUCCACUAUUAAAGGAUCAGGAUACCCUUACUGAUCAAUCAAAGCAAGUAAAGUUAGGGUUUAUCACUGGCCUUGUUCCUAGGGAAAAAUCUAUGGCAUUUGAGAGGAUUCUAUUUCGUGCAACCCGGGGUAAUGUGUUUCUUAAGCAGUCUCCUGUGGAUGAACCUGUUAUUGAUCCUGUGUCUGGAGAGAAGAUGGAGAAAAAUGUAUUUGUGGUAUUCCACUCUGGCGAAAGAGCAAAGAACAAAAUUCUGAAGAUAUGUGAAGCUUUUGGGGCAAACCGGUAUCCUUUUGCAGAGGAAUUGGGCAAACAGGCUCAGAUGAUCAUGGAGGUUUCUGGAAGAAUUUUAGAGCUGAAAACAACUCUAGAUGCUGGGUUGGUCCACCGUGAAAAUCUGUUGCGUACUAUUGGUGACCAAUUUGAGCAAUGGAAUCUUAAGGUGAGGAAGGACAAAUCCAUCUAUCACACUCUUAACAUGCUUAGUCUUGAUGUGACAAAAAAAUGUCUAGUAGCUGAAGGAUGGAGUCCCGUUUUUGCCUCAAAACAGAUUCAGGAUGCAUUGGAGCGGGCUGCACGUGACUCCAAUUCACAAGUUGGAUCAAUUUUCCAGGUUUUGCACACAAAGGAGCCACCACCCACCUACUUCCGCACUAACAAAUUCACAUCUGCUUUUCAGGAAAUUGUUGAUGCAUAUGGGGUGGCAAGGUAUCAGGAAGCAAAUCCUGGUGUAUUCACUAUUGUUACAUUCCCUUUCCUCUUUGCUGUCAUGUUUGGUGAUUGGGGGCAUGGAAUAUGCUUGUUGCUUGCGACAUUAUUUUUUAUAGUCAGGGAAAAGAAACUUUCUCGUCAGAAGCUUGGAGAUAUCACAGAAAUGGCCUUUGGUGGUCGUUAUGUUAUUCUGUUGAUGGCACUUUUCUCAAUUUUUACUGGUUUGAUCUAUAAUGAGUUCUUCUCAGUGCCACUUGAAUUAUUUGGUCCCACAGCAUAUGCAUGCCGGGAUCUCUCUUGCAGGGAUGCUUCUACCAUUGGUUUGAUUAAGGUGCGUGACACUUAUCCAUUUGGUGUCGAUCCUGCAUGGCAUGGUACUCGGAGUGAGCUGCCAUUUCUGAAUUCUCUGAAGAUGAAGAUGUCAAUCCUUCUUGGGGUGGCUCAAAUGAACCUUGGAAUUAUUUUAAGUUAUUUCAAUGCGACAUUCUUCAGGAAUAAUAUCAACGUCUGGUUUCAGUUUAUUCCUCAGAUGAUAUUUCUAAACAGUCUGUUUGGUUAUCUCUCACUACUCAUCAUUGUGAAGUGGUGCACUGGUUCACAAGCUGAUUUAUACCACAUAUUGAUAUACAUGUUCCUGAGUCCUACUGACGAUUUGGGUGAAAAUCAGCUUUUUCCAUACCAAAAGAUAGUACAGAUUGUGCUUCUGUUACUGGCCCUUGUUUCUGUACCGUGGAUGUUGCUACCAAAGCCUUUUCUACUGAAAAAACAACAUGAAGCGAGGCACCAAGGCCAAAUAUAUACUCCACUUCGGAACACAGAAGAGAGUCUUCAAGUGGAGGCGAAUCAUGAUUCUCAUGGUCAUGAGGAAUUCGAGUUCAGUGAAGUUUUUGUGCAUCAACUCAUACACACCAUAGAGUUUGUGCUUGGAGCUGUUUCAAACACAGCUUCAUACCUUAGAUUGUGGGCUCUCAGCCUUGCUCAUUCAGAGUUGUCAAGUGUGUUCUACGAGAAGGUCCUCCUCCUUGCUUGGGGGUUUAACAAUGUAAUUAUCCUUAUAGUUGGUAUCAUUGUCUUCAUUUGCGCAACUGUUGGAGUGUUGCUGGUAAUGGAAACCCUCAGUGCUUUCCUACAUGCUCUACGUCUUCACUGGGUUGAAUUCCAAAACAAAUUCUAUGAGGGAGACGGUUACAAGUUCUAUCCAUUUUCAUUUGCAUUACGUGAUGAUGAAAUUGAAUGAUGCACUGAAUUGAAUGGUUUUAGUUGACAUAUCGAAUGUGGUUAGAGGUGUUGUGUUGCAUAUUUUCCUUUGAAUGAGAGGAGAAGGCCACCAGAAUGGGUCCUGUGAAGGAGACUUGAGGUUGAUUUAAUUAGUUGGUAUCUCUUCUGGUGGUUUGUCAUUGGAAGGUAUGAGCAAUUUAUUGGUUUGGGCUGUGCCUCUUGUAUGUGGUAGCAGUUAUGUAAUAGAACUUGUUUAAUUGAUUAAACUUCCUUUUUUAUUGGAAAUUAAAAAUAAUAUCAUGAACUUACUGCAGAUUCUUUCGGUAAAUUAACUUACUGCUGUUGG